GACUGAAUAUUGAGUUGUUUGUCCGUUUCGGGCUGCCGUCCUGCAGAUCCGCCAUAUUGUCUGCUGAAGCUGCAGCUGAAGCUCGCCGCUCCCGUCGCCGCCGCCGCCGCCGCCGCCAAGUAGGAGCGAGCGGAGCCGCGAUGGAGACCAUGGCGAGCCCAGGGAAAGAUAAUUAUCGGAUGAAGAGUUAUAAGAACAAUGCCCUAAACCCUGAGGAAAUGAGACGAAGAAGAGAGGAAGAGGGCAUUCAGCUCCGGAAGCAGAAGCGGGAGCAACAACUUUUUAAACGAAGAAAUGUGGAGCUGAUUAAUGAAGAAGCCGCCAUGUUCGAUAGUCUCCUCAUGGACUCCUAUGUGAGCUCUACCAGUGGGGAGAGUGUGAUCACAAGAGAGAUGGUGGAGAUGCUCUUCUCUGAUGAUUCUGACCUGCAGUUAGCAACUACACAGAAAUUCCGGAAACUGCUCUCCAAAGAGCCUAGUCCUCCAAUAGAUGAAGUUAUCAACACUCCAGGAGUGGUGGAUCGGUUUGUGGAGUUUCUGAAGAGGAAUGAGAAUUGUACAUUACAGUUUGAAGCUGCCUGGGCUCUAACGAACAUUGCCUCUGGAACUUCUCAGCAGACCAAAAUUGUCAUUGAAGCAGGGGCUGUCCCCAUUUUUAUAGAGCUGCUUAACUCGGACUUUGAGGAUGUACAGGAACAGGCAGUCUGGGCACUGGGAAACAUAGCUGGAGACAGCUCCGUUUGCCGAGAUUACGUCUUGAACUGUUCCAUCCUUAAUCCUUUGUUAACACUCCUUACCAAGUCCACACGACUGACAAUGACACGGAAUGCAGUCUGGGCCCUGUCAAACCUCUGCCGAGGGAAGAACCCACCCCCAGAGUUUGCAAAGGUCUGUCCUUGUUUGCCUGUGCUGUCUCGCCUACUCUUCAGCAGCGACUCAGACUUGCUGGCAGAUGCCUGCUGGGCCCUUUCUUAUCUGUCUGAUGGCCCCAACGAGAAGAUCCAGGCAGUUAUAGACUCUGGAGUCUGCCGGAGAUUGGUAGAACUUCUAAUGCACAACGAUUAUAAAGUGGCUUCUCCUGCCCUGAGAGCUGUGGGUAACAUUGUCACUGGGGAUGACAUCCAGACCCAGGUCAUUCUUAACUGUUCAGCCCUCCCUUGCCUCCUCCACUUGCUGAGCAGCUCCAAGGAGUCAAUCCGGAAGGAAGCUUGCUGGACCAUUUCAAAUAUUACUGCUGGCAACAGGGCUCAAAUACAGGCUGUCAUAGAUGCAAAUAUUUUCCCUGUGUUGAUCGAAAUCCUUCAGAAAGCAGAGUUCCGUACAAGGAAAGAAGCAGCCUGGGCCAUCACCAAUGCCACGUCAGGAGGAACCCCUGAGCAGAUCAGGUACCUGGUCUCACUGGGCUGCAUCAAACCCCUGUGUGACUUGCUGACUGUGAUGGAUUCAAAGAUUGUACAAGUGGCCCUCAAUGGACUAGAAAACAUCCUUCGACUUGGAGAGCAAGAGGGCAAGCGCAGUGGCUCAGGGGUCAAUCCCUACUGUGGCCUCAUCGAGGAAGCCUACGGCUUGGAUAAAAUUGAGUUUCUCCAGAGCCAUGAGAACCAGGAGAUCUACCAGAAGGCCUUCGACCUCAUUGAGCACUACUUUGGUGUAGAAGAUGAUGAUAGCAGCCUGGCUCCCCAAGUGGAUGAAACGCAACAGCAGUUCAUCUUCCAGCAGCCUGAGGCCCCCAUGGAGGGCUUCCAGCUAUAAUGUCUGCCUCCGGGGAGGGGAGGGAAUGGGAAGCACCACCAACCAGUGGAAAAGCAGCCCUCUGGUGGGCGGGAAACCAGCCCCCCCACCAUUAGCCACCACACACCUCUGCUGCUCUGGAAACUGUGCUCUUGACCUGCUCCGCCCCCUUCCCUGGAGGGAGCACCCUCUGGACAGACAAAACCAUCUGAGGCUCACAUUUGGGUUUUGUGACAAGAAGGGGACGUGUUGGGUUUUUCUUCCUUAUGCUAUAUUUUGGCUGCACAUAUGUCUUUAACCCAGGAGCCCAGGGGUAGACAAAGGAGGACUGAGGUAAUCAAUUUUGCACCUUUUUUUUAUUUUUAUUUUUUUCUUUAGUGGUGACUUCCUCGCCUUUUAUCUUCCUUCAUCCUUCCCAGUCCUCUGCCCUGAUCUGUGUAACUCUUCUCUUGGGUACUUGAGCAGAUGGAAUAUUCCAGAGGUGGGGGUGGGGGUGGGGAGGGGAGAUAUCCAAAACAAAGUGUUCUUGCUCUGACAGAAUAUUAAUCUUGUAUGCUUGGAUUGAGUUAUUUAAUUUUUUUUCUUUUGCACAUUUUUCUUGUAUUAAGAUUGCUCUUUCCAAGAGCCAUGAGUUCCUGGUUUUAGGAAUCCCAGCUGCCAGCAUUGUCUGGGACUAGAGGCUGAGGGGGGCUCACCAUGAGACAAAGACCUCCUUCUUCCCUCUAACCCCUUUCCCAGACCUCUUUAGUUUGGGAGAUCCCCCUCACUCUCCUGGGGCGAGGACACCAGUGGGAGUGGAGGGGAGGAGCACAGGCCUUCAGAUAGGGCUUCCCAUGUGUCGCUACUGAUCCCAUGUUUCCUACCCACCUUCCAAUGGUGCGACCCAACUUCAUUUGUUUACUUGAAAUUUCCCCUCGGAGUUGAAUAAACCUCUGAGGUAGCUGUAUUUUCUCCUAAGCAUGAGACAGGGGGCUGUGGUCCUUCCUUUCUCCUGAGGAGAAAGUCCUUGCUCUAGUGACCCAUAAGUUGCAGAGGAGGUUGGAGUGAGAGUGUCAUGUAUUGGGAUAGCCAGGGAUCCCUGCCUUUGGCCUUUCUUCUUCUUCCUCUUCCAUAGUUGGAUCAUGUAUAUUUUACUUCCAAAGGAGAGAAUGUCAAAAAGUUCUGUAUUUUUUUAUAUUCUAUAUAUUAGGUAGGUCAAUCUUAAUUGGUCUCAAGAGGAAGAACUGUCUGUAAUUUCUCUAAGUAGGAUACUGUGAGGAAGACCAAAAAGACAUGUGGAAGCUCCCUCACUCAGGAAGCCUGAAUGUGGUCCUUUUCCUCUCUGCUUGGGUUCUGUGCCACCACCUGGGACCAACCCUUAGCUCUGGAACCUUUAUAUAGCAGGUCAGCCUGGUCUCAUUGUCCUAGUACCUGGAGGGAGCAAGGAUGGCCCCAGGGCCUGGUGAAGUCUACCACUCUAGUCCUUACUGCUGAGCAUCCUGCUUAGAUCAGGAAACCCACAAAGUAGUCUGGCUUCUCAGAUUCAGUCUCAAAGGCCCUUGUCCACAUACUUUAUCACUUACGGCUGCCUCUCCUAUUAUCACAGAAACUUAGCAGCCUCGGGACUUUUGUGGGAGUUAUUGAUAUCUUUCCUAUUUGGAUUCCUUGUAUCUGGUUGGGGUUUUGCCCUUCUUUGUGACAAUUAUAAUCCUAAUGCCUUUUCUUUUCUCUUUGAGUAAAGCUAGUGCAGUGCCUCAGUGGCUUGCCUAUGCUUUAGUGGAUUACCUGUGAUAGUCAAACCCAGUUGUUGGGGAUAGGGGUGGAGGAAGUAAUUGGCUAAGUAUAGACCAGCUGUGGAGCUGAAGGCACAAUCUUCCCUGCCCCUGCUUCCCCACUGUGCUUGGUCAGAGGUGCCCUGCUCCAAGCUGUAUCUUCCCUUCCCCAGAAACAAUGCCAUUCUUGCUCCUAUUCCUGUGCAUCCCCUCUGGCUCAGGUGAAAUCCAUGCCCCUCUCAUUACAGAUCUAAGUUCAGGUGCUCAUUGUCGGCCAUUGGUCUUGAAUUUGCCCUCUCUUUCUAGUGUCAAGAUCCAACUCCAGAGCCAUUUUCUGAGAAAGGUUGUUUGGGGCUAGUGGUUAUCACUAAAAAGUCACACCAAUGCUGUACCACCUUAGUGAGUCACAUGCUACUCUUCAGCUUGGGAUUGGUGACUGCCAACCCCCAAUCCCACAGGUAGGCAAGGGGCAGGACCUUUUUCACUUGGCCUGCUGACUUCAUUACAAAACUGUUCUCUUCCAGUUCAGACAAAAGCUACUCCCCCCCCGUUGUCUUUGUCCAAAGGGCAGAGCACUUUAGUAGGAUCUACUUUGUACGUCUCAAAGAAUAGUUAAGUCCUAUUGGGGCCAAAUUCUUAUUGUGAGACAUACACAUCCUGCUUUUCCCAACUAUUCCUCCAAAAUCUACUUUCACUUCAGAUCUGGGUCCUAUACCAGAUGGAAGACUUUUUUAAUGAUCUGGCUUCUGUUUAAAGCCAGUUUUCUCCAAGGAUUUCAAAGACUGAAGUGUCUCCCAGGGCACAACAUGACAGAUUUCUCAUCAGAUUAAGUGGCCUCUAGGAGCUUUCCUUUGUUAGUGUCUUCCUUAGACCAUGUUUUCCCAUAAUCGUCCUCUAACUCCUUUUUAGUCAACAGGCAAAGUUCUUACAGCCCAUAGAGGCAGUAACAUCAUCUUUUGUGUCUUGUCUUCUCUCUCGGCUUUCUUGGAAAGCAAAAUAUUAUUUCUUUAGCCCAGGCUUGACAGCCACUCUUUGUGGGCAGCUCCCAUCUGGACUCUAGACCCUGGCCUAGGAGAGGUCAAAGGCUUUCUGGUAGAUUUCUGAAUGGACGUUGCAGAGAUGGAAGGGCUCCCCGGCCUGGUGUAGGGAAUAGCCUGAUAAGACAUGUUUUUGGAAUCUUCAUAUGUUUGCAAUAUGGCUGGUAUAUCCAUUUUAAGAUCUUUGGUGGAGGUGGAAGUAUCUAGGUGUGGAUUAAGGGAACAAGGAGCCUACUUCUUAACUAGUGUGUUCAAAUACUGUUUUGAACAGUGCCAGCUAUUUAUUGCCAGCCCCUCUGGACAUCCCACCCCAAAAUCAUCUUUUCUAGUACUAACAAGGUCUCUGGUCUUAGAAGCCUGCCUUCAAUUCUGAGCUGUCCCCAGUGACUGCCUAGCCUUGGUGUUGGCUGCAACCUUCUGGUUGAACCAUAGGGUUCCACCCUCAUCUGGCCAGCCUGGUCACUUGGGGUAGUGGGUACAAAUGACCCUUUUAAGAAGCAGGCAUUAAUGAUCUCAGCUUUCAGGGACCCGACCCUUGAUGUUCCCCCUUUUCCUAGAACUCUUAGAUCUACUCCUUCUCUCUUUGCUGUAGAAGCCACUUUCCAGGAGCCCUGUUUUUUGGAACUGAACUGCACAGAUUAUAACUGCUUCUGUACUUAGCUAAGGAAGAGCAAGGAAGGCUCUCAGGCACUGACUUGCUAUUUCUUUCAAGCCAAACCAGUUUAAAAUGAAAAUGGUCUAUCAGAAUGAACUGGAUUUCCAUUUCUCAAGUCUACUGCCUUCUUUCUACAUCCUAGAGUUACCCCUGUUUCUAGCAAACUAGAAGGGAAGGAGAUGAAUGCCUGGGAAUACUUCCUCAUCCCACAUGCCCCUCUUUGAAGGCCUCAGCUCAUUUGUUCAGGCCACAUCUCUUCUCAGUGAGACUCAGCUUGGUAUCCAUCAUUUUGGGUAUUCCUCAGUAGAUUCAUCUUGUGGGGUGAGAUUCUGGAUUCUCAGUUGAAGGCAGGGAGUCAGGUUCUCCAGGUCCCUGCAGGCACUACAGGGAUACGUAGGGAAAACAGGCUGGUUGGGGGCCUCAGGAAUGUGUAUGACUAUCUGCCUCUCUGGCAGGCUGGGGAAGGGUGCAAGGCUCAGUGCACUGAACUGAGGAAACGCUCAUAACCAGUAGCAACAUCUUCCAGGUAGGACUAUCCAAAAAGUGAGUGUGAGAGUGAAAAAUUGCCCAGAGUGGGUUUCUUCCACAGCCGUUUUAGGAUUGCACAUUCUAGACCAAUCUUGUCCAGUAUUUUUUCUUGUCUUAACUUUUGGAUUCUGUUGUUAAGCCAACAAGCUGAGAAUUUGGCUCUGCGGAGAUCCAUAUGGUAGGCACUAGCUGCUCUUUGACCAAGGCCUUCCUAAAUGAUUCAGUCAUCCCAUUGUCUAGCCCCUAGCCCCACCCCCAGAUUUAAGACCACGGCAAAUGAAGAAUUUGAGGUCAAUACCAACCAAGUCUGUGAAUUAAAGCUGUUAUUUUCCUCUCAGAGGGCAUUUUGCAUCAGGCCUGGGCUAUGUGCAGAACCAAAACUGGGUAUGAGAGUUAGAAGAAGCAGUGUUAAAUUUUGGGCCCAGAACACCCUGGGAGAAAGGUUUGUGUAGUGUGUUAUAAAGGUCUUCAGUGGCUUUGGGCCUACCUCGCUACUUCUGGGCAAGCCUAACUGCUGACGUCUGCGUUAGCACAUACCUGAACCCUUCUGCUAAACACUAGCCCUGCUCCCCUGUGUAGGUCAGAUUUUCAGCCCCUGGGUUUGGGGAGAGAAAACUUGGCCAUGCCCUGGGGGCAGUGAAGGAAGUCAAAGCUUAGAGCCUGAGACUGGCUAGGAACCUCUGACUCACAAGAUGGCCUUAAAGAGCCCACCUCUACAAGAACCUUCAGGCCCUGGAGUUAGGUAUUGGCCAGCUUUUGUGGGAACUGCCUUUGAUUGAACCACUAAAGAAGUGAAGGGGCUGUGAGGUCUUAGCCACCCAAGACAGACUGGCUGUCCCUCAGAAACAGCUUGGGUUCCCAGCUACAAACCUAAGGAAGGUGAAUCGAACCCUUUUCCUUACUGGUUUUUCUUUCCAAAUUCAUUUGCUUUUAGUUUUCCAAGAACUGUAAACUGGCUGUUUUCCAUGUUCUCAGGGCCCCUGGGUAGACAGACAAAGCUUGAUUAUUUCAGAGCAGACAUAGGCCAAGAAACCAUGGCAUUGAGUGUGCUGAGUCCAGACAAAUGAUAUUUAUAUACACAUCCAAAUUUGAAGAGAAAAUGUAUUUCUUUAGGUUUCAAACACUGUAAUAGAUAUAAAGCAAAAAUAAAAACCUGUUGCAAAGUUCUAAA